AUGUUGCGCAGGAUGCUGAAGCGGAUCGUCUUGUCCCAAGACCAAGCGGCGCCCGCCGGGACCUCCUACAGCAGCAGCAGCAGCGGCGCCAGCAGCGGUGCCAGGGACCAGAGCACCCACACAAGCAAGGUUCUGGGUGCGGUCGCUAGCGCCGCUGCAGGUGUCGCCAGGUCAAAGCUCCUUACCUCCGCCGCUAAGCGCAACGGUGGUCCACUCCGCCGGGCAAGGACGACCAUCACGAUCGCCACGGCGACGGAGACGCUGCCGGCGCCCGUGCCGGUACCGGCAGCGGUGUUGAGCCUAGCCUCCCCGAAGCCCUCUAAGCCCUUCGCCCCCGUGCGCAAGACGACGGACAUCAACGCCACCGAUGCUCCCCUGCUGCUACUGACAUCGUCGGAAACAAAGUCGACGGCCGUCCCUUCCCGCGGAAGGCCCACGUCUCCCCGGGCGCGCGUCGGGCGCCCGCCGUCCCCGCGUCGGUCGCCGCGAUCGCCCUUGUCCCGCUCCCUAUCCCCGCGACGCUCAGGAACAGCCGUGGGCGCGGCAGCGGUGGAUGCUUCUUCUUGGUCCGCUGCUGCUCGGCCGGCCGCCUCGAGGGUGGGAGGGGAUUUCAGCCCUGCUGUCGCGGAUAAGGAUGGCACUUGCAAGCACGGGUCGCGGGAAGUGGGUACCCUUGACGCUUCGGGCACGCCUCCGCUCACCCCGGCAUCUCCCGUUCCCUCUCCUGCCGUAGCCAUCUCCGCGGGCUCGAGCUCUUUCAACGCCCCCUUUUUCGGAAGCAGAUACGGCCGCGACGACCAUGACGGUGACCUCUCGGAGAAGGGUGACGAGGUCGGCCCCUCCCUCCCGCCGGCGCGUGACAACGGUGCCUCGCCCGCCGAGCACGGGGAGGUCCCGCCAGUCCGGGGAUCCGGGGCCGGUACCCCCCUCAAGCAGGCCAAGCUUGUUGUCCCCGUCGACGAAGGCGAGAGAACGGAGACGGCGGCCGCGGCGCCGGUGGUGGCAAGGAGCAGCGGCGACGGUGACAACAAGAGACCACGGAUAGACGUUGGGCACGGAGAUUUUGGUCGCAUCGUUAAGGGGGCUCAGCCCGGUGUGCUCAGGACCGCAUUCAUCACGAAUGUGCGGCAGCGCCGGGAGGUGGCCGUGGGAGAAGCCUGCGCGCUGGUGCAGGCGGCCCGCGUCGCUCUCGGCGGAAGCGAGGGGUGCGCCGGGGCAAGAUCGCCAUUGCAAGAGAUUGGCAUUAUCGGGGAAGGCUCGUUCGGCAUCGUGGGCGGUGCCACCCACAGCUUCCUGCCGGGAGAGUUCGCGGUGAAGAGGCUGAAGGAGGGUGCGGACAAGAACGCGAGGUACUGCGCUCGCGUGGAGAUGAUCGUCAUGGCGCGGUGA